GGGCGGGGGGCGGUGGUUCCCGGCCGUUCCCGGUGUUUCCCGGCGCGCACCGCGAGGGCGGCGGGGCCGGGCGGAGGCAGUGGCUCGGCCAAGGUGACUCUGGGGUGGAAGCUGUCACCUUUUCUCCUGCUCAGACAGCGCGGGGAGCGGAACUCACGUAGCGGUGCCAUCAUGAUCCUGCGACAGAUCUUGCGGCUUUCCUCCCUCUUCCACUCCGCUGUGUCCAUUCAGCUGCGCAGGAACAUCGGGCUCUCUGCCAUUGUCUUCAACAAGGCAAAAGAACUCGACCCCGUCCAGAAGCUCUUCUUGGACAAGAUCAGAGAGUACAACACCAAGAGCAAGCAAGCUGGAGGGCCUGUUGAUGCAGGACCUGAGUUUCAAAAAGAUAUGACUGAAUCCCUUGCAAGACUCCAGCGGGCGUAUGGUGAGGGAGAUCUCACCAAGUUUCCAGAAUUUAAAUUUGAGGAGCCCAAGUUUGAGGAGGCUCCAAAGUGAUCUCGGCAGCUUGUGCACCAAACAGGAAUGUACAGCCAUGGAGUUGCUGAACAUGGCACCAGUUGUAAUUUAAUAAAUGUAAUGCUUCAGUUUGA